CAUGCUACAUGCUUUCUCACUGCCAAUCGGGCUCAAAGCGUGACUGAGGAAACAGCAAUACAAAGCAACCAGCAUGAGAACGUCGGAUCACACACUCUUCGUGUUCACCAUGCUCAUCUCGCUUCUCUGUUCCAUCCAGGUAGAGGCAGCUCCCGUAGCAGGUACAUGGGCUUCGAGCCUGAUCCACCGUGCCAAGCGUUCAUUACUGUGGCGCUGGAACACUCUGAAACCUGUCGGCGCCAGCUGCAGAGACAAUUACGAGUGUGGCACCAACUACUGCAGGAGAAACAUCUGCGCUUUCCAGCCAAACUCUUCUUCAUCAUGAAGACACCUAACACUCCUUCUCCAAAUUUCUGGAAAAAACUAAAUGUCAGAAUCCUCCCCCUUCAUCCUUCCCCACGAACAUGAACAACAUCAGCACUUAUGGAAUCAAAAAGCUCAAUACAAUCAAGACACAGCAUCAAGAGCAAAAUAUUUCAUCUUGCAUCCAUCCAAAUGUCCAUAAUUGCUAACUGCAAAACAUACAGCAUCACUUGUGACUGAUCAAAUACAAAUGUAGCCAAUGCCAAAAUAACUCCACGCCCAUUCACUUUAUUGACAGAAUUAUUUAUUUGUAAAUAGUGGACACAUUAGAAAAGACUGUAGAAUUUACAGAAUUGUAAAUACUGUUUGUUCAUGUAUUUUUAAUGUUUUUGUUUUUUUAAUAAUGUUACAGUGAUAGUGCAAUAUUUGUGUUUUUUUAAGAAAGAAGAAAAUUCAGAUGCUUAAGUUUACAUGAAUAAAUGGACAAAAAAACAUCUUGUAAACAAAGAAAAUACUAACAGGAGGUAUGAUUUGAAUGGAGUCAAAACUACAUUUUGUUUACAAUUUCUAGACGAACAACAUAAUGGACAAUCAAGAUGUUUACCAGGAUCCACUCAGAAUGAUCAACUGCAUUACAGGAUUUUGUUGAAAAGUCACCACAGCUACAAAACAGGGCUGGGUAUCGGAAUUCAGUACUUUUUAUCGCGUCAACUGACUUCAGUACUACCAAAUUGUUCAAUAUUAAAUUGUAGUAUUAAAAUGAAGUAGUCAGCAUCAUCAGUGUCACUGAGCCAAUAAGCAUGCUUGUUCCAAAAUUUAGAUUGCUGAUUGGCUAGAUAACACUCACUUGCAUGUUAUAAAGGCAGCACAUCUUCAUUAGGCCUACAUGUUCCAUUACAGUUAGUAAAUAUGCCCUCUUACUUAAGGCACCUCGUACUCAUUUCCAGGGUCAGGCGGUAUCCAUUUGUUUUAUACCUUCAAACAAUGCACAGUUUUCAAGCCAUCACUCAAUAAAAUGUCAAACCAUCUAUCUAGCAAUUGCCAAAUAUUAAACAGGGUUGCUAUCUAGGAAGAACGGGUUAGCAUCAGUAUAGCUAGCAUGAUAACACCUCUGCUCACCACAUGUUCAGGUCUGGCUAACUGAAGUUUAAUACAAGUUUAGAUGAAGACUCAAACCUGAGGAAGUGAUGAGUUGCUGGAGCUGAAGGGACAAAAAAAUUAUUUCUGAGAUCUUGGUUCUGUCGUGUUUGGAUCUAUAACCUGGUCGGCUAACUUAGCGCUAUAACCUAAGUAAGUGAACACAGUGCCCAGUUUUUAAGUCAUCGUUCCAUAAAUGUCAAACCAUCUAACAACUGCUCAAUAAGUUCAACAGUGCCACUAACUAGGUGGAGCGGGUUAGCAUUAGUAUAGCUUACAUGAUGACAGCUCUGUUCACCAAAGAACAUAUUCAAGUCUGGCUAACUAAAGUUUAACUCCUUAUUCUCGAGGGUAUUUUUCAGUUUUUCCAUCUGAAUUUACAUGCAUAAGGCAAAUUAAGAUUGAAACUGAAAUGUUUUUUGUAAAAUCUCUCCUCAAAUCAAUAGACAAUGUUGUAUGAUCAUAAACAUAAUGCCAUAUCCUUACAAUUUAUGGCUGAAAGCCAAAAAUCUUAGAUGCCCUUUGUGGUUUUCUUUUAUAAAAUAAUUUUUACAGAGCAUAACACUGAACAGACGCCAUCUGAGAUCCAGUUUAAAGCUCAGAUUUGUGGAAACAUUGGUCAAAGUUCGGUAGAAGAAAAAGUUACAGCUCUCAAAUGACACCCACCUUUUGAAUGUAGCUUAUGAAAUAUGCAAGUUAUGAAGUAAAGAAUGUGACGAAAUGCGUUUUUUAACCAGUGGCGGUUCCACGGAGUUAAACUGGAAAUUUUGAUGAUAAAUAACUCAAAUCUGAGGUAGUAAAGUUUAAGCUGAAGGGACAAAAAGGGAAAUUAAAUCUGUUCUAUGGUGUUUGGAUCUGUAGCCUGAUCAGCUAACUUAACAUUAGCUUAGCGAGCAGCUACAGCCCCAAACAGAGCUGACUGACCGCUGCUCAGCUGAAAGAAGUUUAGAGUAAAAGUGGAAUGACCGGCAGAAUGCUGAAAUGUUCUGUGGUGUUUGGAACCGUCGCAUGUCGGUUAAGCUAACAAGAGCUUAGUUAGCAGGCUAAAUGUGCAACAGGCUGGGAUGAAGCUAACAGAUGCUAAAAUGGCACAUGUUUAGAAGAUAUCUAGAGCCCAAAGUUGAGCAACUGGCAUUAGAGUGACAAAAAGUCCAAAAUGGAACCUGUUCUGUUGUGUUUGGGACUGCAGCAUUUCGGUUAAGCUACAGAGAGCCUAGUUAGCAGGCUAAACAUGCCACCCACCACAGCAUAUUCUUGGGUGAAGCUAACUGAUGCUAAACCGACACCUGCUUAGAAGAUAUCUAGAGCCCAACGUCAAGUGAUUGACUGGUGUUAGAGUGACAAAAAGCCCAAAUGGAACCUGUCGUGUUUGGGACUGUAGUGUUUCAGCUAAGCUAAUGUUAGCAGGCAAAUGUGCUCUGUGGUGAGUGUAGCUGUUACUGAGCUGCUAUCAUGCUUAGCUUUUCUGAAGAUUUUCCAGGUUGUGAAUUUUCCUCAUUUUCUAUCCGCAUCACCUUUCGGUGAACUCCCACACCACUAAUCAAUGACUCCUCUAAAAUAUAAAGUGUUUAAAUUUUAACAAGUCAGAAUUGUUCACAAUGGUAGCGAUAGGAACCAGACAUCCACCCCUAAAAGCUCCCUCCAAUAAAUGGUUAUGAAUACACUGAAUGAUGUCUGAGACACUGUUCUAUGAUAGUUUGGUGAUAAAGUUUUGGCUUAAAAUGUCUUUUAAUCCAUUUAUUUUAAUCCAUUUAUGGUGGAUGGCAAGCAGGGCAUGGUGAGGCAAAACAGUGCCCAAAGAAAACUUAUUAUUUCAGAUUUUCCACUAUUUCCCAUCAUCAACAUUCCAUAUAAACUCAGAAGACUCGUGUAGGUUCACUGUUGUUUUUUAAUUAAUAAAUUAAUUUUUUAUGGAUAGUAAAUAAAAUGUCUAUAUUUGUGUUGUAGUCAUGGUGACCCCUGGUUCCUACCACCACCACUGUAAAGACAUCCGAACCAUUUCACAGCAAGCUACUCUGGGACUGAACAACUUGACAAACUGGUGGAAUUCGCCCUUAAAAGAUGGUACAAACAGUAGUAUAUUUCAAGAAUCAAUAUCAAAAACCUUUCAACGAUACCCAGCCCUUGUCAACAACUCCAAACAAGUUUCAUGACCCAUCUGAUGUGAACACUGUAACUAAAGUGCACCUUAAA